UACAUGAGCGCGUUGUCGGCGUCGUGUGGAGUUCCGUAGGAGUCGUCCGGUCGUUUGAAUUGGUUCGCCUUGUUAAAUCGCGUUCUUCCUUUUGUUUUGACAUCGCUUCCCAGACGGACUAUCAAGAUUUUAGUUUUGCGCUGGGAGAAUUCAUGCCCGCUUCGGCGGCAACCGAGCCGGACGGAUAGUUUCGGCAAUUCCCUCAAGUGAAUCGGUGCCGAAGUCUUGCGCCAUGGACUCUCUGCAUUGUUACUGCAAUACAGCGGACGUUGACCGCACGAUGAUGUUGCAGUGUACUGGGUGCAAGCUUUAUUUCCACUCAGGGUGUCUGAAAAGCAGGCAUCGUAGCACACUUGUCGGCGACCUAUUCUUCAAGCUAACCUGCGACCGAUGCACCCCUGAUAACAUAGAAGUCCUGGAGCGCCUGAAGAUGCAAUGGACCCAGGUCAUCAUGCUCACCCUGUACAACCUCCACGUCACUGGGGUCACAGGCAAGCUUGGCUACUUCCGCUGGCGGGAGCACAUUUGCAACUUCAUUGACCGGCACUGGACGAUAUUUUUUGGACCAUCAAGGAAGCAGACAGCAACGUUUCGUGGCACCGUCGCCGGAGUGCUGUCAUCUGGUUGUCCACUCCUGUUUCGUUCCGGAUCGGCCGAACUCGGAGAGAGCGGAUGGUGGACGCUGACCACAAUGAAGCCCCCGUCGCCUUCUGAUUUUGAGAGCCCUAACAUAUUGCUGGCAAAGUGCCGAAAGGCAAAAAUGAGUCCUGUGGCAGUGCUAGAUGAGAGCCCACCAGUUUUGGAUGGCCCCCGCCGCCGUCACGUUGCAAACCCCCUGCAGGCAGCCAUAAACCUCAAGGAGAAGCGGUCCCUGCUCACCAAGCCUGCAGCAGACUCGUCAAACUCAAACGCUCCUGAGAAGGUUCACCCAUCAAACUCAAACGCUCCUGAGAAGGUUCACUCAUCAAACUCAAACGCUCCCGAGAAGGUUCACUCAUCAAACUCAAAUGCCCCCGAGAAGGUGCACAUCAAGUCGGAGCCUGUAGACUCUUAUGACGACACAACAGGUUCAUCGUUCGACAUGCACGACAGCCUGAUGACACCCGACGACUUCCAUUGGAAUUCUGACCACGAUCUCUUUGGGAGCGACCUAUUCCGGCAAGAUUUGCUUCAUGUGCCUGAACCUGCAAGUGAUCCUGUCGACGUUGUUUCUGCGCCUUCCGAUGGCCUCUUGCCAGUGAAAGUAGAGGUUGAAGACGAUGAGAUGCUGGACCUGGACGAUUUCGACGUCCAAGAGGCAGCUACCAUGGAUGCCAGCUACUUUGGUGUGCGGUCUCCCAAGGUUGAAGAGAUUGUCGGCAUCUUGCAGACCGACGGCGAAGUGGCUGCAACUGAAGAGGUUGUAGCAGGCAGCAUUGAUGACGACGACGCAUCGAUGGCGAGUGUCAAGGAAGAACCAGUGAGUGACACGGAGAGCUGCUCAACGGAGACAUCUCACUCACGCGCAUCGGGGACCGCGAGAAAGCACAGGAUGGACGAAAGAGGGCUGCAAGCCACCAUCAAAGAAGAAGCUUCACCCAAGAAGCCAAAGUGUGUCCCCAUGAGCAUCUACGAGGAGCACCAACUGCUGAGCCAGAUAGAGAAGUAUGCCCUGAAAGUUCCUCUUCCCCCCGAAGCGCAGAGGCUUAAAAGGAAGCUUCUUGUCAGGCAGAUCAAGCGAGCACGCAAUCUUCCAGUUUUUGACCUUGACGCCCUUGUGGGGCAGCUUUCACGUCGGCCACACAAAGAUUUGCAACAGGAAGUUCACCAGCCCAGGCGGAACACAAAAGAUGUGUUGGACAGAUUUCAGGUGACUAUAGGAACGGCCCGCAUGGUGGGAGUUCCAAGUCAUGUGUCAUUUGUGACACGCAUACUUGGUCUCGAAGAGGAACAGUUGGAGUGCAUAGCCAGCCCGUACACCCAGAGGACACUGAAGCCAUUCAUCUUCAGGGACUUUGAAGCGAGGCCACUGAGACUGCAACUUUUGGAAGAAAUACUUUCCCACAAGCUGAAUGCAAGGUUCAGGGAGGAGUCUGCGACACAAUCUACAGAGCGCCACCCCAUCGACUUCUGCUACGUGCGGCCACAACACAUACCUGUUGUCAACGCCAUGUGCCGAACCUUUUUUUGGCCUGGAAUUGACUUGUCGGAAAGCCUCCAGUACCCAGAUUUCAGCUGCGUCGCUAUGUACAGGAAACUGGUAGUGGGCUUUGCCUUCAUGGUGCCUGAUGUCAAGUUCAAUGAGGCAUACAUCCCCUUCAUCUUCACGCACCCCGAGUGGCGAAAAUCGGGCAUCGCCAAGUUCAUGCUCUACCACCUCAUUCAGACGUGCAUGGGAAAGGACGUCACACUGCACGUAUCCGCGACCAAUCCAGCAAUACUUCUGUACCAGAAGUUUGGCUUCAAGGUGGAAGAGCUCAUCCUGGAUUUCUAUGACAAAUACUUCCCAGCCGACUCCAAGGAGUGCAAGCACGCCAUGUUUCUCCGGCUCAGCAGAUAGCCCCCUCCUCCCUUUGCCUUCAGUGGGCGGGCACAUCAAGUCAUCAUUCACAUGUAAAUAAACAUGAUGCCAAAGAAGUCGAAGUGACCACAGUGAAGUAGUCAGGUGCAGUUGGGUUGACAUUUACAGCUAACGGUACUUGUGUAGCGUGAGUACCAGAGCCAUCUUGGCAAAGGAACACCAACCGUCGAGACUAACGCCAAAACAAAUGUGGCUGAAAUCAAUUCAUCAGUUUAGAAUGUUAGCUGCAAAAGGUGCAUGUUGCAGACAGUAAGCAAGUCGGCGACACUGGCAACUGAUGGCUUUGCGCAUCAUCUUCGUGCUGUGACAUGCGUAAAGUGUGAAAAAUAAGACUUCAUUUUGCAUAUAAGCGUGAGAGGCAAUGCAUUGUAGAAUGUGUUUCACUGAUCCAUUGCAGGAGUGUGUGUUCUUACAGGGAUAAUGCAAUAAAGUACAACUACUGAA